AUGAUCGAGCCCUCGGUAACAUCUCACGCCCUGCCCUUUUCAAGUAUGCCUCCUGGUAGAGUGUCGAUUCAAUUCCAGUACUCACUGGCGGAUGAAAAUUGGGAAGCAAAAGCGUGCCAGCAGUUCUUCGAGGCGGCCACCGCACCGAUGCGUUGUGGCGCGCCAGGGCUUACCCUGACUGCCUAUGUGCAACUCGGGGCUGUGGAUGGACCUAGUGGCUCCGGAUCCAUGCAACUUGAAGUUGCUUUCAGUAAAUCUCAACUCCAGGGAGGCUCAACCUUGCAGGUACGGUACAUCAUCCGCAAGACUUCGGAUCCCGCCCAUUCAACUUGCCCCCUUCCCGUUGAGGAAGCUCCGUCUGAAACGUCCAACCCAGACUUGGCUUAUAAACGCACGACUUUAGCCAUCCUGCAAACCCCCGUCCCCGACAGCAACUUGGCCGCGCCAACCUCAGUAUGUGAACUUCCACCCAAUCAUCAGUGCAACAGGUCGUUCACCAGAUACUGCUUCCCGGAUAACAAAACCCACGGUCGACAACGUCAUGAUCAAGUCAGUGUACAAGCUCCGAGCAAAAGUCUGUCUGCUGCCGACAUCGUGCACCUGGGUCGUGCCUGUCUUCACGGCCUGUGCAGCUCCCUGCCUGACACUGCCGAAGCUUCUGGCGCACAGCCAUCCUCCACCCCAUCGGCCAAUGAGCCUGCCACGCAUAAUUCGGCUUCUGUUAUGCCCUCCCUCUACGAUGGCAAUCUCCUGCGUCGGAUUUGCCCGGCUGAUCUCAUGGGCGUCUCUUGUGAGCACGAAGGCCUUUUCAGGUGUGAAUUGCGAUCGGCUGUGGGUCUGUGA